AUGGCCGGCGGAUACUCAAAAAAGCGCAAGGUGGAAGAUGGAAUGAAGGGAAAAACCAAACGUCCGACUAAGAAAUUUAAGAAACAAACCGAUUACCACAGCAGCGACUCCGAAGACGAAGUAUCACCAUCAACACCACAAGCAGAUUUCCAAGCCGUCAACCUGCAAGAUUCCGACGACGAGGGCCUCGACAAAGAAGAUCUCAUCACGGGCGAAGUAUCAGAUCAAGAUGACGAACCCAUCGUCGAACAAUUGGCCGAAGAGGAAAUCACAGACGCCUCAAAUUCCGAUUCAGACUCCGCAGCAUCAGAUAACUCAAACCCGAAUUUAACACGCAAACGCAAGCGCAACGACCCCGAAGCAUUCGCGACUUCGAUGUCGAAAAUCCUCGGCGCGAAGCUCGCCACAAGCAAACGCGCCGAUCCAGUCCUCUCACGCUCUCAGGCGGCCAUUGAGACGAGCAAAGAAAUCACAGAUCAAGCGCUCGAGAAGAAAGCGAAGAACAAGAUGAAAGACGACAAGCGGGCGGCGUUAGAGAAAGGGCGUGUGAAGGAUGUAUUAGGUGCGAGCACAGCGUUUGAUGCCGCGAACGGGACGGCGGAUCUAGGACAGUCGAGUGUACAGGAGGUUAUGGAGAUGGAGAAACGACUGAGGAAGACGGCGCAGAGGGGUGUGGUGAAGCUGUUUAAUGCGGUGAGGGCUGCGCAGGUGAAGGGGGAGGAGGCGGCGAGGGAGGCGAGAGUGAAGGGGCGUUGUGGGGGUGGGGAGGAGGGAGGAGAAGGUUAA